CGGAUGAUCGUACUACACUAACCAAAAUGGCUGCCGUGCCGGGAUACGAAUUGCUGUUUUGGCACGUAAUUUAUUAGUCGUUUUUUCAAAAUAAUCCAAACGAAUUGUCUCGUAUUUUUGCAAAUGAGUAUCCUUGAAUAUCCGUCAAUACGUCAUGUGAUUACUUGCGUCCGUUUCCGUUGAUACGUCGAAAUAAUUAUGAACGUUUAUUUCCGUUUGAAUGAUCGGUGUGCGACAAUUACGUUUUCUAGCGCGUGACGAAGGGAAAAUUCGCAAAUAUGGCACCGCGUUACGAAAAAAUAAUUUUAUGUCGUGGCUUGUCUGAAAAGAAUGAUUCGCAAGAGGCUUAUGUAAAAACUUUGAAAACGGCAGGUUAUUCGUGCGACUGUUUGCCUACUUUACGUUUCGAAUUCGUGAAUAUAUCGGAGCUCAGGGCAUGCCUUCUGUCAUCGUCUUCAUACUAUGGGUUGAUAUUAACAAGCCAACGUGCUGCAGAGGCAAUGAAACUUUCUGCAAAGGAAGACGAUAACAUUCUACACCCCUGGAAAAUUUUGCCAGUGUAUUGUGUAGGACCAGCAACCGAAUCUUUUGUUAAAACUCAUUUAAGUUCAGACAACUGUUUUGGUAAAGAAGCUGGCAAUGCCAAAGAAUUAGCUGAAUUGUUAGUGGCUUCUGUUCCAAAGGAAUCAAAGCCCUUACUAUAUCCUUGUAGCGAGAUAGGGCGAGAAACAAUUGAAAAAACUCUCAAUGAAAAUGACAUAAAAGUUCAUAGAAUAGUUGUUUAUAGAACUCUGCCCAGUGAAACUUUGGAACAUGAUUUAUUAAAAUUCAUGGACAAUAUGCCCAAAAUAUUUGUUUUCUUUAGUCCAUCGAUAGUAGAACAUAUAGUAGCUCUAUUGAAAAAGAAAUUAUACGAUAUGAACAAUAUAAAAGCAGUUGCCAUUGGACCUGUGACUGGGCAGGCACUAGUCCAUGCUGGUGUGAAAGUAUUUGCUAUUGCGAACAAACCUGAUCCAAUAUCUCUAUUGAAGGCCAUUAGUGAUGCUGAGAAAAAUGGACUUGAUGAAAAGACUGAAUGAAGAAAUUCUUUAUUACUGUGUUAUGUAAGUAUAUAAUUGUUAUUAAUUUAUCAAAAUUGUAUUUAAUUUGUCGAUAUUAUACCACUAAGAAGAUAAAAA